AUGUUCUCGAUACAACCUAAUGCAUCGUCUCGAACAGGGAAAAAGUCAACAGAUGACAUAAAACGACGUCUUCAAUCAGUACUAGGUUAUAGUCCACAUGCAAUUUAUUUUGGUUUUGUUCCACUUGUUAUCUAUUUGGGUUUUAAACUCGGGCCAGAUCCAGGAACACCUGAAUUUUCAUUGAUCAAUUUACUUCCUAUUGAUGCUGAUGACGAGAAAGAGAUUGGAUUUGAUUUUGACGAAAAACUAGUUCAUGAAUUGAAUAGUAGUUCUCAAUUUUUCCAAUGUGAUGAUACUAAAGUAGUCUAUUUCGCCGAAUUGAUUGUUGUCAUCGAAUCUCCAUUUGAUGAUAACGUACCUCAAGAGAAAGAAGACUUGUUAAAAAAAGUCCCCAAAACAUUAGAACAGCAGUAUAUGGCGUGA